AAUGUUGCGAGUAAUUUACGUUUUUCUUUAUAUAAGUAAGCAGAAAAAACUCGUUAACAUACUACUGCUACUUCUAAUUUCACUAACCGCUUCUGAGAAAUGUCCGUCCGAGUACUCAUCGAUACCUGGUACCAACGAAAAGGCCCUGUGGAUGUCCGACAAUAUCCAACAUCAAAUAGUCGUCUCGAAACCGCCAUGUUUUGACAGCACGUUUGAGUUAAUUACGAGAGUUUGCGUCGAUGGUUCUUGGAAACCUAUUAGAACUCCACUUUGCCAAAAGAUUUCCAACGGUACCAAUACCGACGUUUUGGAAGAAAUCAAUCGAGAUGAACACAAGAAUUAUCAGCAUAGUUCUUUGUCUCCGGUACUUAGACAGAUAAAUUAUAAUAACACUGUUCUCACAUGUUCAGCAGAAUGCAAAAUUUCAAGCACCAACUCCAGAUGUUACUGUAAGUCCCAGAAUUGUCAGAAUAUAGCGACUAUUCAAAAUCCUAACGACAAAAAAAUCAUACAGUCCCUAGCAGGUAACGAAAUGUGUCGCUUAGAUAAGAGUAGGCCCAAUUUUUCCUCUUUAUUUGGUAUGCAUCCUUACGUGAAUGCGAGUGUUUGGGUGUAUGGGAAUUUUUCUACAAAUUGUACCAUAUGUGAAACUUCCAUCGAAACAGUGGCACCAAAAUUAGUACUAUCGUUCGAAGAAAAGAAGCACGAAUUAUAUUUAGUCGUUUAUUCGCCUCAAGGUAUUCAUCAAGACGGAGACCAAGUUAAAUUUUUUUGUUUCACGAAUGCUGCGAAAACUAGUUUGAAGAAGAGACUUGAUAUGGUUUUAAUUUUUAACCAUUCAGACUCUGAUCCCAGCUUUCCAAAUACGUUACUUGUGUAUGCGGUCGAAAUGGAGAAGUAUAUGGGAGAAUAUUGGUGUGAAGCUUUCACGCGAAAUGACUUUUUUCUCAAAUCUGAGACGGUCAUAGCUUAUAAAAAAAAGAGAGGAAAUGAGUACGCCUUGAGGCUUAUUAUCGAUAACAUCUGCAAAUUUUCGCCUUGCGAUUUGGACGAUUUUUUCAAAUAUUUGACGAAAAAGAAACUGAAAGAAAGUUUUAGGGAGUUCAAUGCUGAAAUAAGAGUCAUGGAAAUGUUCAAGUUUGACAUUUACAACGACAUUGCAGAUAUUUUAGUUCAUGUAAGUACUGGAAAACACUGGGAUAUUGCGACCGAGUACUACAAAUUAUUAACAAACGUAGAAAAACUUAGAUAUGAGGGUAUAACAUGUAUAGAGUUCAGAAGUAGCGAAUUUUGUUUGCCUGAAAGGACACGGCUCGGUCAUUUAGAGUUGGAAUGGCCUUUGGCGAAAAUACAUAAUGCGGUAGUGCCGAAACAGUUUUGUUUGGUGAACGAUGGUACUCCUAUUAUUAGACAGUGUCAGGGAAGUUUUCUGCAUGGGGCAUAUUGGUCCAACGUAACUGGACGCUGUAUUGACGACCCUCCAAUUUCUGCCAUCACCGUAAAAUUGAGGGAUAUGGCCACGUCUCUCGACACGUCUGUAGAAGCUGUUUGGAAUAUUGUGAGACACGCAAAUCUAACGGUUUUGGAUAUUUACUACUUAGACAUUAUUUUGGAAAAAUUCCCGGACAACAACUACGCACUGGAUUUUGUAAAUAAGCUAAUGCUCACCGACGACAGAACGUUGAAAAAAUCCCAAAACGUGUUAAAUUUAGCCGACACUACUUUAGACAUAAUCGAAAGUAUAGUUACCAAUCUCACUUCCUAUCCAGAUUUGGUGUAUUGUACUCGGAAAGAUAAUCUCAUAGUCCAUCUAACUAACCCUUUCCAGAGUAACAUUUCGGGAUUACUAGUUUACAAAAACCACGUGGAAGAUUUCCAACGCGGAAAAUCUUUCGACGACGCAAAUAAAGAAAAUCUGGAACUAGCACUUUAUGUUCCUGAAGUGAUUCUCGAGCAAAUUUUAAACGAAACCGACAGCAACAUUACGGACGUGGUCCUCAUGACCGUAGUUUUUUAUAAUGAUAAUUUCUUCGUUGAUGAUCGUUUCCACUCUGGAAGCUUUGUCGUAAGCGUGUCAAUUCCAGGAUACGGUACUUACCUGAAAAGCCCAAUUCCGAUCUUGUUUAAAUCAAAAAACCACACCCAUUCCAAUAUGUGUGGUUUCUGGGACAACGGUAAGAGAACCCAAUGGAAAAAAGGAACUUGGUCAGUGUUGGGAAGCAACUACGUCCAAAAUCAUACUGACGAUUUACACGAGUGCUCGUUCAUUCACUUAACACAUUUUGCGUUGUUGGUGAUGAGCGACAAAAAAAUUAUUCCUGAUGGUGACGACGAAGUUCAAAAGGAAAUUCUCGAGGAUAUGAACGAGUACAUUUUGGAGAUUUUGACAAUAAUAGGAUGCGUGUUCUCGGGAAUUGGUAUUAUAGGUUUGAUAAAUACAGAAAGUUACGUUUCUAGUUCUUACGAAUUAUGUUAUCCCCGUGGCAUGUGGUUAUAUGCAACCGUUUUAAUCCCUAUAUGUUUAAUCAUGAUUGCAAAUAUAACUGUCUUUUGUUUGCAUUACUGCUUUUCUCAGUGUUAG